UUAACUAGAUAAAAGAAAGGGUUACCUUACAAUAGUUGCAUAAAUUAAAUGUUUUGGAGAUGCAAGUAUGUUUGAGAUUAUUCUCUAUAAUGUGAACCUUUAAAACAUAUGAUUCAUUUACGUAGAUUAAAAUAAAGAAAACAAUGACAGAGUAUAUUAAAGCGAUAUGCAAGAAAGACAAACGUAACUUCUAUUAAUUAUCAAAGAGGAAAAAUAAUUAUGAAUGAAGAAUGUCCAAAUUGUGGACAAAUAACAAAUGCAUCAGAUUUAAGACUUGUAAAAGAUAGUUGUGGACAUACUAAAUGUAGAAUGUGUCUUUUGUACGAGGAACAAGGAUGUAGAACUUGUCGUAAUCUUCCACAAACAAGUGGAAGUUUAGAAUUAACGAAUAACAAUCGUGCAGAUACAAAAAGUUCAAUAGCCACAGAAGAAAUAAUUUUGCCGUUAGAGCUGGUCAUUAAUAAAAAUUCAAAGUGCUUUUAUAAGGACACUUUUAGUAGCGAAAAAGAUUUAUAUAAAUUGACGACUGUAAAUAUAGACAGCGAGAAAAAUUCGAUUAAAACUUACAUUCCUAAGAUAGAACUUUACAAUAUAAGUACUGAUGUGCAAAUGCAUUUAAAUAAUGAUAACGAUUCUAUAUCUCAACCAACAGUCACUUUUAAUGACAUUUCAACUUCUGUUGAAACAAGAGCAAAUAUUAGGGAAAUAAAAUCAAAAUCGAAGUUGAUUGAGUUGGUUGAUAAAGAACCAUCAAAGGAGAAACACUUAAAAUCAUCUAAUAGAAGUCAUAUAUCAACAAUACCUGGAAGUCCCGAAAAGUAUAAAUGUAAUGUUUGUAAUAAAAUAUUUCAAAACAAAAAAGGUAAAUGUUACCACGAUGCAUGCGUAACUGGAGUUAAGCCCUAUCAAUGUACAUUUUGUGAUAGAAGUUUUGUGAAACGAUCUCACUUUGAAUAUCAUGAAAGAGUCCACAGUGGAUAUAAACCAUAUAAAUGUAAUAUAUGUGGAAAGGCAUUUCCACAACAAAACAAAUUGAAUAGACAUAUGCAUUCACAUAAUGGUGCAAAACAAUUUGGAUGUUCCAAAUGUAAAAAGAGGUAUUGUAAACAAGAAGAUUUGAGAAACCAUUUGAAUGUUCAUAACAAUUCUAUUACAUAUACUUGCACAGUUUGUAAAAAAGCUUUCUGCAUUUUGACAAAUUUGAAACGUCAUAUGAGAACACAUACUGAUGAACGACCAUAUAUAUGUGAUCAAUGCAGUAAGAGUUUCAAAGAUAAAUCUUUGCUGAUACGUCACAAGAGAACUCAUCAAAAAGAUAGACCUUUCUCGUGUGCUCAUUGCAAUAGGGUUUUCUUAUCCAAGAGUGAAUUAAGGCGUCAUCUUACAGUACAUUCAGAGGACAAACCAUUUUCCUGCAAACAUUGUCAAACCGUCUUCAGGAGGAAAGAUAAUUUAAAUCGUCACAUUAGGCAUCAUCAUACUGAAACUUCAGCAAUUGAAAUGAAUAAAUUAUUAAAUAUUACAGAAAAUACGAACAAUAAGAGGGCAUUAAAAUCAAAACAAGUGAGCACAAAACAUAAACAGAAAGGGAAAAAGAAACCAUUAAUGAUUGAUGUUAUGUAUAAAUCUCCCAAUAAAGUUUUAAUCGGUGUUACUAAUUCCCACGAACAAAUAAACUCUAGAUUAGAUUCGAUGGGUAAUAUCACACCAGUUAUAAGGACAACCACUGAGCUAAGCAAUGCUGUACCUGUUAUCAAUGGUCCUAUUUGUAUUAGAAAACCCGAAGAUAAGACUGAAAAUAAUAAGAAGACAUUUACAUAUACAGAACCGAUACCACUUGCCGAAGCUGUUGUUAUAAACAGAAGAAUCGAAGAGAAGUUAUAUCCUCAAAAUAUGUCUCGCCAUAAUUAUUUUAUGUGUGAUUAUUUAAGUCAUUCUGAGAAACAACAGCAAGCCAUAGCACCUUCAUCAAUGCGUGUUAAUCCUAGUAUGAAAAGUAAUUAUUCUAAUCUGAAUGAUCUAUCCUCUGAAUCAACAACAGGGAGUGAAACCUUUACAUGCCAAACUGCAGAAUCGAGUAACGUUAAUUUGGAAAAAGAUUCAAUUAUUCAACAUAAAAUGUUUAAAAAUAAAUCGAUCAGAUAUGACGAUUUAAAGGGACAUGAAACGACUACAUUGGAAAAAACCAAUAAAGUUGUUGGUCUUAAAGAUUGCAAUUUGAUUGAUACUGAAAAAAAAAAACAGGAACAAGCAAACUGUGUCUCUACUAUUAAAAAGACGUAUGUGCUGCAAGAGAAUUGAAACUAUGCAUAUGCAAAACCGUACUGUCCAAAAAAUAUAUAUUUCUAUAUAACAAAAUAAAUGAAAAAUAAUAAAUAAUUAAUAAAUGUUUUCCAAAGGAAAAAAGUAAGUAAUAGAUGAUCGAAAUACAAUAUCGAGUAACAAGUACAAUCAACCUAUAUAUUUGUUCAUAAUCUUAUUAUCCAAAGUAUAAAAGAAAAAGAUGUACAUCUCUUAUCAAAUUGAUUACAUAUUACAGUUAUGAUGAUUUACCAUGAAAUUUUGAUUCACUUGUCUAUAAUAAAAUUACAUAGGAACGUAAUUAAAAUCGUAAUAUUAAAAUCAUUUUAAAUAUGAAUUAAACUUGUACACUG